GAUUAUGUGAUCUCCGGCCAUUCUUAUCCAAGACCAGCGAAUGAGGAGGGAAGGGCUCAAAGCCUAUAACCGCCGUUAAAAUUGCACGCCGUCUGAAAAGUUAACCGGCGUCUCUUUGGAGUCCUUGGUUGGAAGGAAGCGCUGGUGGAGGCUUAGUAGGGUUUUCGGUGGGGAAGAGCAGAUGCGGCGUCUCCAAUGGGCGACCGAUGGCGGCCUAUGGGAGCUGGACCGGGAGGCGCCGGUGACAAUGGAGGGGACGGCGAGGGCGGUCCCGGGCGACCCCCUACCCCUGGGUCUCUCCCGCGGCACCCGCAUAUCCCGCCCCAAGCAGCUGGACUUCAUGCACCGCUUCAUGGCCUCCCCCCUCGUCCCCUCCUUCGCCGGCAACCCCUCCAACGGCGGCCGUGGCCUCCUCCUCCACCACGCUCACACCGUCCAUCUUCUCGAGAACUGGUCUGCAACUGUUCUGGGGCAAUUCCAUAUACAGAAAUUUGUAUCUAUUAUCAAAGAGAGAGCAUCAAAUCACCUUGAGAAGACCUCAUGGCCUAAAACCAUUGCAAAGCACAUGCUUGAUAUAUUGUCUCUGGGAUUUGGUACGGAAUUCCUAGUCACACCAGAUUCUUCUUUUCUUCUUGAAGCAUAUGAUGUGAAGAAGGCAAAUCGAGGCAAAGCUAUCUUUCAUCACAAGCUUCCAAAACACAAUUUAACAUUGGAGGCGGCUUGGCCUGGACUUUUUGUUGAUAAGAAUGGGACAUACUGGGAUGUACCAUUGUCAAUGGCAAUUGAUCUUGCUUCAAUUACUGCUGCUUCUGGCUUAAGCUAUCAUUUAUGCUUACAGCAUAAUAGAGGACAACCAGAACACUUUGGUGGUGAUAAGAUGAGUGAUAAACCUAUGUCUCUACUGCCAGGGUUUUGUGCCAAGGCAGCCAUUUCCAUAAAAAAGAAUGUAGACCUAUGGAGAACAAAAGAAGGCAAGUUAAAAAUGGUCCAACCUUAUGAUGUGUUCCUCUCGGAUCCUCAUAUUUCAGCAUCAGGGAUUUUUGGUGCAGUGACCGGUGCAUUGCUGGGAGAUUGUUCAAAGAGGUUCUUUGUCAAGGACGAGUCACACAGACGCAAAACGAUCAGUUUCAGUUCCCAGAAAAAUAAAUUUGCACUAUUUUCUGAUGCCUUUGCAUCUGUUUCCUUCACGGCUCAACAUGGAAAUUUUCAAAGGCCUUUUCUUGAUCUCACAAGGUUAAAUGUCCGACUAGAUUUUCCUUCAGGUUCAACAUUCGUAAAUGGUGCUGCUCGUCUGGCUCAAGACUUUUAUCAUUCUCGGCAACCAGAUUCAGCAGCAAUGUGUGCUAUUUGUCCAGACAUGACAGUUGCUCUUCAGCAACAGAUGUGCAAUGCACAUGCCUAGAUGCUAGUGUUUUGUAAAUGAAGAGGACCUAUGAGCAUUGGAUACGCAUGGUGAAGAUGUUAUGUGCUGAGAAUGCUAUGUAGUAAAACCAGGAAGAACACGUAGAAUGAUAACGUUAUAGGGAGAAUAGGAGAUGAACAAAUUGAAGUGGUGAAGAAUUGUGGUAAUCACAUGGCAAAAAGACUAGAGGAGGCCCCAUUACGCCAAGGGCUAUAAUUUCUUCGAUGAUGUUGCAAGGAAUGCUACUUGAACAUAUUUGCAUUUUGGGAGGAUCUGUGGAUGAUUGUAAGCAUUGAGGAGCUAACCAUCUUCCACUUUUGUAUUUUUGUUUUUUUUCCUAUCUUGCAUUUAUCAUGCAAUUGCUUCAAGUGAAGCGACUAAAGACUAGAUGCUGUUUUCUUUUUUCAAGACAAGGAAGACUAGAUGCUGUUUGUGUGACAUCUUUUGCACUUCUAUCUAAUAAAUUUUUAUUUCUAAUUUUCUAGCUACAGUCAAUGGCUGCUAUUCAAACUUAGCAAUCUUAUUUGGAGAUGAUGUAAUUUUACCAAUUCUGAAUGCAUGGUUCACUUUUCUCUUUCAA